UUCCAAACCGACCGCGCUAAAAACCGGGUGGGUUUUGAGCCGCUUGGCUUUCCAUACCGUUCAAACAGCACGGAUCGUUUACGGGUCGCGCAUCAAACACAGCGGCUACGGUCAACGCUGCUGGAGUCCGACACUGAGCGGAGAGGUGAGCGGCCAGUCAGCCAGCCACGUGCAGCUCUCUGUUGCUAUGGAUGCCUGUGCACGUAUUAGAGGAGUCCCUUUAAGGUCCAGGGCCUCAGUCCGGAAAGAGACUGUGCGUGAGAGUGGGGCGCAGUGUGUGAAGAGCCUCUUUAGGAAUAAAAAGGAGCUAUGCAGCGUUGGCCUAGAGCUGCCAACCAGAGACACCACAAGACUGACGGAGAUUCAUUUUGUGUGUCUGCCUGGUCAUUGUGAAGGGGAAGAUGUUACCCAACAGGCUCUGUCAUCUCUGCCAGGAGGGCUGUGUGAGCUUCUCAGGUCCCUCCACGUUCACGGCCUCAAGAAUGACGAGGUUCUGCUGCUCAAAGACUCCCGCAGGCUGGCAGAGCACAAGGACGCUGGGCCUCAGUGUUGGUUGAAGGCUGUGUGUGUGCUGAGGCAUAAUCCCAGCACUAGCGUCUAUCCUCAGGCCAGUGUAGCAUCUUUGGUGGGCUUGCUGGGGUGCUACAUGGCAGGUGUCCGCUAUGCUUUGGAGCUUCAGGCUCUUCAGAGGGGCACAGCUGAGCCCAGCCAGCCAGAGGAAGAUGACACCAACCAGUCGGUCUCAUCAAUUGAGGAUGACUUUGUCACAGCCCUGGAGCAUCUGGAGGAGGAUGACACAGGAGACAAUCCCUCUGCUUCCUAUUUUCAUUUUAAAAAGCGUGAUGUGGCAUCACAGACGGUCCCGGCCCACAAGAGAAGAAAGGAAUUAUCAGGCUCCCGCGUUAUCAUAAGCUCAUCUUCAAAGAAGCAUUCAGCCAAACAUAGGUCAGGUCCAGAUAUAUCUGUCACAGUGCAGAGGUCAUCAGGUGUGGAAUCCCAGUGGACUUACUGUAGUCCCGGACCUCGUCUCCCCUCACCUUUGAUUCAUGUCAGUGAAUCGGAAGAGUCAGACUGCUCCAGCCCCAGCCCAAUCAUUUUCCUGGAUGAGGUGGGCUACCAGAAGAGCAUGCUGGCCAAGCUGGACAUCCCCCAGGUGCCAGGGGGGCCCAGAGAGCGAGUUGAAGACUCAGACUCUGAAGUCAGUGAAUUCUUUGAUAGCUUUGACCAGUUUGAUGACCUGGAGGAGCUGAGCUCAGAGAGCUGCACUCUCGCACUGCCUCUGGAUGCUAUCAGUGCCCCAACCACACAGAAAAAGUCAGCUGAGUCUAGCGCCAGUGGGUCAACAUCCAAAUAUGUUUCUAGAGGCUGCUCAACCAAGGGUAUGAAUCCUCACCGCUUUGACCAGCCCACUCUCCCAGCCAAUGUGAAAAAACCCACUCCUCUGAAACCAGGCUCUCCCUACUCACUUAACUCUGAGUUGUCUGACUCCCCUCGACCAGUGCAGACCCCCUCUGAGGAGAAUGGUGGCCCACUCUUCAGUCCUGUCAGCUCCUCUGCCUUCAGCCCUCUGGUGGACUCCAGUGGGCCACUGGAAUACUUCUGGAAGACAGAUGAGGAUGGAUGGGACAGCUCAGAGCUACGUAAACCCCAGGAUCUCUGCUCUCUGUAUAAGACUUACUCAGACUUUGCCAGCAGUCUGUCCAAAGAAAUUCUAGGAUCUGUGUGUGGCUAUCAGUCUGCUGUUGACAUCAAUGACAACAAGAAUCUCAGCUGCGUCUGCCACAAGGAAUUCAAGAACCCUUCGGGCUACCUGAUGAAGCUCUCAGAAAUACAAGAGACUGUAACAGUGGCCAAGCUGCCGAAGAAGUCUCAAUCUUUGAAGGAUGGCAUUCAGAGGUUUGCCACCGACCUGGUGGAAAUGAGCUUGGGCAGCGCUUUGCGAGAUCUCCAAAAAGGUGUAUCUUCCUGUACCACGACCUUGUGUCACCUAGCUGCCAGGCUCACCUCCUCAGUGUUUCAGAUGGCCUUCCAUGAGAUUGGCAUGCGCCACGCCUAUGUGUUGAAGGAACGAGCAGUCAAUGGUUUAGCUGGCUUCCUGGUUGGAGAGGCUGUGUCUGGGGCGCUGAAAGACUUCCUAACAGUGAAAAAGCAGAUUUUUCACAACACAGUGACACGUUUUGCUGCUGAUUUGGCUGAAGAGCUGGUGUUUGAAGGCAUUAUGGAAGUGUGUCAGUUCUCGCACCCCUCAACCCCUCUCACCCCUAGUGAUUGGUCCUUUGGCCACGGGCAAGAGGAAGAGGAAGAGGAGGAGGAGGUGGUUUCCUCCUAUGCUUCAGACUUGUCUGAGUCUGUUAUCCAGGAGGCCUUUAUUGAGCUCUCUCAAGCUGAUGUUGCCUUCACUAGCCAAGCGGCUAUUAGUGUGUCUCUGGACAACAUCUGUUAUGUCAGUGCAGAGAACACUAGCACUCACACCUGCAGUACCUUUGCUAACCAGCAGGUUUUAAGUGCCAGCUCAGCUGCAGUUGCACCCUCAGCAGAGGAUGCUACCUGCACAGUGAAGAACGCCCUGUUCACUGUAUCAGGCAUGGCCAGCUGUAUUCCUGUGCCCCAAGCAGGCCAAGCCCUCUCCCACCUCCAGGAUUCUGAGGAGACCUGUCAGUAUAAAUCUAGCUUGUCAGACACCCCACAGACUAGCCCCAAAAGAGUAACUGUAUCUUCCUCUGACACCACCACAUCUACACAAACUCACCUUUACAGUCAUGGAACUCAGACCCCCAUACCUGGAGGAGACCCCUCCCAAGGAAAGUCCCCAUUCCAAAACUUCUCUGGCAACAUGGUGGAUAUGAUAGUAACUGAGGCUUGUGAGCUAAUAACUGCUUCUAAGAUGAAGAAGAGUUUUGGUGACUGUGCUGAUUUCCUUACAAAGACAAUCGGAAGCCGAAGGGGAUCUUCUUCUAAGCAGGAGACGGUUAAUUAUGAGGCUCCAGAUUCCCCUUCAAAGCAGGGAGCUGGCAGGGAGGGUUUCAGAUAUGACUGUAGAGAUGUUAGGAAUGGCGGCCCUGUUGAGCAAGUAACAGACCUUAGUAUUCCUCACAUUUCCUUUCAGACAGGCUCUCAAAACCAGGGGAGAGCCAGCUGUGAGUUAGACCCCAGGACCAGAGGUGUGGCUGAAACACAUCCUGUGAUGAUGGAUACUCUUGAUGUGCCGGAUACCAAAAUGGGUGGACAAAGGAGGACAUCUGUUCCUGGGGAUGACUCAGGUCCAAGCUCUAGCCAAAAAUCAGGUGGGACUCCUGGCACUCCUCCUUCUACCCCUCAGCAGCCCAGUGAGGUGUCCAAGGAGAAACAGAUAAAACAGUUCUCCAAGAAGUUGAAAAGUAAGCUGGCCAAGGAAUUUUCCCCUGCUACACCGCCACCCACUCCUCACUAUCAGCCUGAGCCUGGCCCAGGGCCAAAAGACAUCACCCCUGAGGCAGACAAGGCUGAGUUUAUGCUCAAACUGAUGAGGUCUCUCUCUGAGGAGGCAGAUGGCAAUGAGGAUGAAGAGGAGGAAGAAUUGGCAGAAGAGGGUAGUGUUGGUGGCACUAACAGAUGUUUAGAGACAGGGGGUGGCCGGCAUGAACCGAACCAGAUGUCUGCUCGCAGAAUUUCCAACAAGGAAGCUCUUCACUAUGCUGAGCGGUUGGCUUGUCACAUUGUCUCCAUGGCAACAGAGAUGGACACGCUGGGAGUGGCAGAGGAGGAGGGAGAGAUGAGCAAGAGCAGCGAGAGGAGGAGAGACAGCGUGGCUCAGUUCUCUGAGCAGACCCUCAACACCUUGUGGGUGUAUGCCGGGGAGGUGGCGGGAGAGGUCAUCAAUGAUGUGAAGAGGAUGGUGAGCUCUGCACAGCAGUGUCCAUAUCACAGAACUCUCAGAAGAAGAAGCUUUGACAGAUCUAGCUCUGAAUAUUUGCAUCACCACCACCACCAACACCAGUCUCAACCCAGUACAGACCAGAACAGAGACUGGAGAGUAGGGAGGCUGGCUGAGCAGUGGUCUAAUGACCUGAUAGCCUCAGUUUUCCGGUCUCCCACCUCCACUUCAAGCACUAUCUCCAGCUCCAGCUCUGGCCUGUGCUCAGAGUAUCCCAGCUGUGAGAGUGUGACAGAUGAAUAUGCUGGCUACCUCAUUAGGGUACUGAAAAAGGAGGGAGGCAGUAGGGAGUUGGUUCUAGACCAGUAUGCGAGCCGUUUGGCCUAUCGCUCCAUAAAACUUGGCUUGGCUCAUGCCAGUCGCAAAAUCAAGCAGAGAUCCUCUAGCACCCGCCUUCACUCCUCCAAGUCGCUGCCAGAUGAAUGGAAAACCUCUGGUAGUGAGGCCUCGUCGCCUAAGGACAGAGUAGAGUCAGUGGUUUGUCCCUCAGGUGAGGAUGCUCCGUGUUAUUGCGGGGACUCUGAAGAGCAGAGUCAGAGGGAGUACAUGGAUCUAGUCAACUUUGCAGAGUCUUUAGCUUACAACAUCACCUGUGAUGUCACACGCAAGCUGCAUCUUUCCUCUGUACGACUGCCCAAGUCUCUCACUGACUCCUGUCUUUAUAAGAAAUCCAAAUUUGAAGACAUGGCAGAGAAUCUCAUCAGGAACUCCUUCUCCUGCCCCCUGUUGUCCAAGGAGGGUAAGAGCAGGCAGUACCACAGCACUGAAAGCCUGUAUGAUGGAGGCUACAGGAGUAGGGUGAUGCAAGUCAUAGAGCAUUAUGCCAGGAAAAUAGUUGAUGACACUCUGAAGAUGAGCCUGGCUUCAGUUGGACAUUCAUCCCGGGAGCACCAGAGGAACCAAGGCCAUGACAGACACUCUCACACCCAGAGGUUGUCUGAGGGGCUAUCACUGAGCCAAGCCCUGGGGGAGAGGACAUGCCGUUAUUGUCAGGUCCAGGAGUGCCCGUACUGCACCAAGCUUAGCAGGCACCACCACCAGCCUGUAUUACAGAGGAGGAAAAGGGGGCCAGAAUGUCAGGCAAGGGCUGAGCGGCUAUCUAGCCUGGAGAUUCCCAAGAUCCACAUUGACCUGGACCACAGGGCAGUGUUUGCAGAGGAGAUGGUGUCCAUGGCAAUGGAGACAGCUAAACGUGAGCUGAGCAACACCAGCCUUAAUGCAGACAGUGGCAUCGGCCAUGAUGGAACCAGCUAUGCUGAGAGCCUAACUGCUGAGAUCAUGACGUCAGCCCUGUCCAACAUCUGCCAGGCUGCCAACAUCAGCUUUCCAGGUAGGGAAACCACUGAGUCCUCUGUGUCCCAGCAGCUGAGUGUAGGAGAUGACAGUCUGGGCAGCUGGUCUAACCUGAGCUUUGAGGAUGAGCACCCAGACGACAACAGCAGCUUCCUCCACCUCAGUGACAGCAGCAAUGGGAACAGCAGUAGCUGGAGCAGCCUGGGCCUGGAGGGGGAGGCGUGUGAGGAGCGCAUGUCAUUCUCUCCCUCUGACAGUGACAAUACAGAGGACAAGGACACUGAGGUCAAAGAGGAAUCCAGUGGGACUCUCUGUGUGGACAGGACUCAGGUGCAGGCUCCCAGGACUGCACUGGUCGUAGUGAACUCGGAUGUCAGGGAGCUCAGGAUGGGCCCUCAACACUUGACCCUUGACCCUCAGCUCAGGAGCAUGCUGCAGUGGGUGGCAGCCUCCAUGGCCGACAUCCCGCAGAUCCAGCUGAGUCCUGACAGAGAGCUCCAGCAGCUCCCAGCAGUGGUCCAAAGGCUUCGGGAGAGAAAGUGGAGGGCGGGAGAGCUGCUGCACACGCUGCUGCGCUACUGUGAAGAGAGUCAGACACACAGUCAGUCGCAGGCCAGAGAGGAGGCACUCCAGGCGGGCAGAGAACCUCACCGCAUCUCCCUCUUCCAGUGGCUCCUGGAGCACGCCUAGGGCCUCUCUCCUCUGCUCUACAUAGUUCCAAACAGGGCUUUGCAAACUCCACAGCCCCUAGAGGGCGCCAUACAAAUCAGCCGAUCUAACUUACUCUAAUGAAUGUGGGCUGCAUGUGUUUUGCAUUGCAUGCUGUGACCAAGAGUACUAAUGUUGUAUUUUAUUUUUCUUUCCACCUUCUUUUGUUGUCUCCGUUUAUUAUUUUUCAGGCUGCAUUUAUCUCAUGUGUUGAUUUAGUGAGCUGUCUCUCCCGCCCGCCCGUACCUCUGAAUUGAAGCCCUCACACCUUGCUGCCCUUGUGCUUGAGCAACAGAGAAAAAAAAAAAAAAAAAAAAGAGAGGGAGAGAGAAGGACCCAUCCCUUCUGUUCCAGACAGAGACAGAAAAGCAGUGAGUUGAGAGAACGAGAAUGUGUUUUUUGUUAGGGAAUCCCCAUAGCUGCUGGGCGGAUGAUGUCAUCACACCCACAGCUCACCUCUGUGGUGUUUCCAAGAGACCAACUGUGCGCACACAUACACACCACAGCACGCCACACCCCUGUAUUAUCAGAGGGAAUCCAAGAUACACCAAUACUCAUCAACAUCUGACACAAUUAUUCUCCCAUAGUAUUCCAUUAUUGUAUUAAUCCACUCAGAAUGAAUGUGCUUGUCAUUCAUACUCCAGUGAAGUUUUUCUCUGGAGCACUCAGUGAGUUACACGCUGGUAUAAUGACUCCUCACAUUUAACCGAUAUACUGCCGUACGUACAGAUCGACGAGACCCUGUUAGAGUUGUAAAACCUAUAUGUUUAGUAAAUUGUACUACGCGUCAUGUUGUGUUGAUGAUCAAAUGGGCCAUUCGUUUGGCAGUAGAAAGAUAGAAUAGAAUAGCGCUUGAUGAAGUUGCCUCAUGCCAGUGUUGGUAUUCCUGUUUUAUCUAAUACUGUAACACUACUUGCCUAGCCUCAAUCUCCUUGGUUGUCAAACUUAGUAAAAUACUUAGAGUGGAUGAUGUUUACUGGAGUGGACGGUAUUUUGAAGAAAAAGUAUAUUUUUUUGAAGGUAGAGUAUGUCUAAUCAAACAUGAAACGCUGCUCAAAGCUAUGAAAGAAGCCAUGAUAUUGGCUUAAUGUUGCCAAAUGUAGCUUAUAAGGUGACUCUCCGUCCCUCCAGUCAUUAGUAGGUGUGUGAUCCUCUGGUUAUCUGUGUCAGUGGCCCACGUCCAGUUUGGGGAAGAUCCAGUGACGCAGAUAGUGGAUCUUUUAAUAAUUAAAGACACCCCUCUGGUCUGCACCUCCAAAACCACAAACUAACAGCAUGUGCAUUGCUCAACCCUGGACUCACACAUUUAGUCACCCACGCUCCACAGUCACCUUGUGGAAUGAAGAACUCUGAAUACCACAACCUUCCACACAGCACUCUUAACACCCACCCUUGUUACUCACCAGCCCCCAUGUGUGCAUCCACAUGCACAGCACUACCAGCUACUUGCUGAGAUGCACUUUUUUUUUUUUUUUUUUUUUUUAUUGAUUUGGCCGAAGAGAGACUGGGCAUUUCCAGCCCUGCCCUCAGACCUCUCCUGGCCUCCUCUGUGAAUUUGCUCCUAGAGUGGACGGUCUGCUCUGCAGUCAGUUAACGUACAUGCACAAUACCCCGCCUCCCCAAAGAAAGAUUAUUGGGAUACAUUUUGAUGUUGCUAUUUAUUUAUUGCUUUGUUAAAUGAGGGACCUAAGGAUGACAUGAUGCUGCAAGGUCCUUAAAUUAAUAUCAGGACUUUCCUUCUUGAGUUUGAAACACUGUAAUAUACCACAGCCUCACAUCUAUUAUUAUAAACUAAGUGUUGGUGGUGUUCACCUGCAUGGCUUAAUCUUCAUUGACUUUUAAAGUUCAACAUUCUUCUUCUUAAUGUAUUGGCCUACACUAAUCGAGCUGCAGUGAUUCAUCUGUGUCCACACUGCCUCACAGUAUGCUAUGGGCCUCUGCAGAUGCCUUGUCUGUUACUGCUUAAUCUCUAGGCUGCCAAAUGGUCAUAUAAUCUUAAAGGUGUUUGUCCUGUACAAUUUGUUUACAUUGAAAAAGUGAAUAUAUCACAAAAUCCACUAUUUAAAAAAAAAAAAAAAAGUGAAACCCUAGUUAUACCUACCUUUUAAAGAUAAUAGUAGGAAAAAAAAGAAACAUUGAAGUAUUAACCUGAGAAGUGAGAGUGCUUAUAUCUUGGUUUACAUUAAAGGAAUGUAUUAAGAGUCAUGGACUUGAAGAAAGCAUCAGUGUACAAAUUCUCUCCCCGUGUGAAUGUUUAGUUGUUGAAGUAGGACUUUCCCAGGUUUUUUCCCAUUGCCCAGCCCCGUCUCCUGUUUUAUUUCUUUAUCUACUUUACAUUCCUGUGCAUCCCAAAUAACUUAUAGUGCUAUAAUGUUGUGUUUGUGAAAGCUGAAUGUGAACCUGCAAAGACUCAACUCUAUUUAGAAGCAGAUACUGUAAACCUGUUUUGCUACUGUUGUUCCAAGUGUUACUUUCUGCCUCUCUCCGAACACAGACAGGAAAAUAUAAAAGAGAGAGAUGUACCUCACCUCCACUGACUUCUGUAUUUUUCCUGCUUCCUUGUAAAAUCCUGCCAAAUAAAGAUAUUUAAUAAAUUAUCUAAGUUAUAUAACAGUGAGUUCACUACUUGUUUUCCCUUGUGGCAUUGCUGAAUAGUUUACACAUUCUAAGCUUGAAGUCAAAAACUCUAAAUUUGUUUAUGCUAAAGCUUGGUGUGACAAUAAAGCUUUUCCAUGUGCUCUUA